GGGUCAAUCAACUGACUUCCAAAUAUACCCCUCCCUCUUCGGCCUGCCCUUCCCUUCGUCGUCCGCGAAACCCUAGAGCAGAUGGACGGCCACUCCGCCCCCGUCCGCUCCCAGUCCGCGUCACCGUCGCACUCUGCCUCCGCCUCCAGCUCCGUCCAUCACAAGCGCAAGUUUGCCGGUGGCGCUUCCGCCGCAGCUCCUGCUCCUGCCCCCUUUUCCCUAUCCGACACCGGUGCCCUCACCUCCAACGAUGACCUUGAUAGUGUCAGCGCGAGGGAGGAGGAAGACGAUUCCGAGGAGGAGGCUGACGAGGAGGAAGAGGAGGAGGAAGAAGACAAUGACUCGAUGCGUGUCUUCACAGCUGCCCGCCUCGAGAAUGCUUCGGCCCCUUCCGGACUCGGAAGUAUUAGAAGCACCAAGCCCCCAAAAACCGAGAACCCGACAGUCAAGAUUGAACCUGCAGGUGCUGGGAUGCAGUCUUCGGGCAGUAAAGAUGACCGUGGGACGGUCGGCCAAUUGGCCCAGCAAAACAUCUCCACUGUGAAUUCAAUCCCUGGUAUCAUUGUUAAGGAGGAGGUGAAGAGUAUAUUUACUGAGAAUAUACAGACCAGUGGGGCUUAUAUUGCUAGAGAGGAAGGACUGAAGAGGGAGGAAGAUGCCGUGAGGCUCAAAUUUUUGUGCUAUGCGAAUGAUGGUGUUGAUGAACAUAUGAUUUGGUUGAUAGGAUUGAAGAAUAUCUUUGCAAGGCAACUUCCUAAUAUGCCUAAGGAGUACAUUGUUCGUCUUGUUAUGGAUAGAAGCCACAAAUCAAUGAUGGUUAUCCGACAUAAUCAAGUAGUUGGUGGAAUUACUUAUCGGCCAUAUGCCAGCCAGAGAUUCGGGGAGAUAGCUUUUUGUGCAAUCACAUCAGAUGAGCAAGUUAAAGGAUAUGGCACAAGACUCAUGAACCACUUAAAACAGCAUGCUCGAGAUGUUGACGGGCUAACUCAUUUUCUAACAUAUGCUGAUAAUAAUGCAGUUGGCUAUUUUGUGAAGCAGGUGGCAUCCAUCGAGCCUUCUACAUUUCAUGGUUUUACAAAGGAGAUCACCUUGGAGAAAGAAAGAUGGCAUGGGUACAUAAAGGAUUAUGAUGGAGGCAUUUUGAUGGAAUGCAAAAUUGAUCUGAAGCUUCCAUACACUGAUCUAGCUACCAUGAUUAGGCGACAAAGACAGGCAAUAGACGAGAAGAUUCGGGAGCUUUCAAAUUGUCACAUUGUUUAUCAAGGAAUUGAUUUUCAGAAGAAAGAAGCAGGUAUUCCUAAAAAUCCAAUUAAAGUUGAGGACAUUCCUGGUCUCAAGGAUGCUGGUUGGACUCCAGACCAAUGGGGCCACUCAAAAUUUAGGACAACAAAUGCUUCAGAGCGCCAGCAGCUUAAUAAUUUCAUGCGAAAUCUUCUAAAGAGUGAAUCUAAAUUCAUGGACCAUGCUGGGAAAUCAGCGAGGAUAACGGGUCUGUUAUGCUGUAGCACAUGCUAGAUGUGCCCAUUCUUCUUUUAGGAUCUGAUAUAUUUACAGUUGAAACUAUCAGUGCAGUCAUGGUUUAUAGCAUUGCAUCUUUAGCAAGUUAAUGGUUUGAUAAAUAUCAAGAAGGUUGCACUACAUGUACGAAUGACAUUAUCCCUUAAAAGGAAAAUCCUUCACCUAUACUGAAUGAGAUUUCUUAUUUGUUGAAUUUAUGCAAAACAUUAUUGUUGGAAUUUGUUCAGUUGUAUUAGUCUAUCAAAAGAAUUAUUAAUUACAUUGGACUCUACUCGCUGAACUUUUUGUGUCUCUACCUUUUUCUGUUGAUGGAAAGAAUUACUGGAAAUU